AUGGAAAUAUUUGCCAUUUUCUUUAUUUGUAUGUUCAGCCUCGUCUUGGCAAACCAAGAGGAGCGACUACCAAAUAAAUGCGAGGUUUGUAAAUUACUGACGGUGGAGUUGCAGGACGCCCUGGAAAAAACUGGCCGCUCAAAGGAAGUUCUGGAGCUCGAAGAAGUUUUGGACACUGGCAAGUGCAGGCGCAAAAUCAAAUACAACACUUCAGAGACGCAACUGACUGAGGCCAUGGACAACGUCUGUGAAAGAAUUCUGCAGUAUAAAAUCCAUGCCGAGAGACCAGGGAGCCUUCGCUAUGCCAAGGGCACAAGUCAAACCAUGAACACACUGAAGAACCUGAUGGAUAAGGGAGUGAAGGUAGAGCUGGGUAUCCCUUAUGAACUGUGGGAUGAACCAUCAGUAGAGGUUGCAGACUUGAAGAGACAGUGUGAGAGCAUGUUGGAAGAGUAUGAAGAGGUUGUGGAGAACUGGAACUUUCAUCAUCAAGACGAGAGAUUUGACAGAUUCUUCUGUGCAGCCCAUGUCCUCUGA